GUACCGGGAUCCCGAGUGCCCUAGAACUCUGCGGUGGCUGUGGGACCUCUCGGGAGGCAGUUUUCUCCCGACCGCUGUGCUCUGUGGCGUCUCCGCUGCCACCUCCAGGGUCUCUGGGCGGAGCAGUCCGCACUUUGGAGCCUGGGGUGGUUUGGUAUUCUUUGGCGAAGUGAAGCGGGCUGUGAGUGGGUUUCCCGGUCCCCGAGCCCUUCCUCGUCCCCGAGAUGCCGCACUUGUGAGCGAUAGAGCUUCAUUUAAAUUUUCUCACCUCGCGAGUUGGGGAGCCUGCGUCUCUGAAGCUGCCUGAGUGAAGAGCCACAGCAUUAUUUUUUCUCUUUGGGAGAGCAGCUGUCUGGGAUUUGUUUGAGAUCCCAUCUUCCCUGCAAAUUACCAGGUUGCAUCUUCACUGAUAGGAAUACAUUUCUUCACCAAAGGACAUGGAUGAAAAUGAAAGCAACCAGUCCCUGAUGACAAGCAGCCAAUAUCCUAAAGAAGCAGUAAGAAAACGUCAAAAUUCAGCACGGAAUUCUGGAGGAAGUGAUUCUUCUAGGUUUUCUAGGAAAAGCUUCAAACUAGAUUAUAGACUAGAAGAAGAUGUAACUAAAUCUAAGAAAGGAAAAGAUGGAAGAUUUGUGAAUCCGUGGCCAACAUGGAAAAACCCCUCUAUUCCAAAUGUUCUCAGAUGGCUGAUAAUGGAGAAAAAUCACAGCAGUGUUCCAAGUUCUAAAGAGGAACUUGACAAAGAACUCCCAGUGCUUACGCCGUAUUUUAUCACUAACCCUGAAGAAGCUGGAGUGAGAGAAGCUGGCUUAAGAGUCACAUGGCUGGGACAUGCCACGGUAAUGGUGGAAAUGGAUGAGCUCAUAUUUCUCACGGAUCCCAUCUUUAGCUCUCGUGCUUCACCUUCGCAGUACAUGGGUCCAAAGCGAUUUCGUCGUUCCCCGUGCAGAAUAAGUGAACUCCCUCCAAUAGAUGCAGUCCUUAUCAGUCACAACCACUAUGACCAUCUGGACUACAAUUCUGUCAUUGCUUUGAAUGAGCGAUUUGGUAAUGAGUUGAGAUGGUUUGUGCCUUUGGGUCUCCUUGACUGGAUGCAAAAAUGUGGCUGUGAGAAUGUGAUUGAGCUAGACUGGUGGGAGGAGAAUUGUGUCCCCGGACAUGAUAAGGUCACCUUUGUCUUUACACCUUCCCAGCACUGGUGUAAAAGGACUCUAAUGGAUGACAACAAGGUGCUGUGGGGCAGCUGGUCUGUCUUGGGGCCUUGGAAUCGAUUUUUUUUUGCAGGAGAUACUGGUUAUUGUUCUGCUUUUGAAGAGAUAGGAAAAAGAUUUGGACCUUUUGACCUUGCAGCUAUUCCCAUUGGAGCUUAUGAACCACGGUGGUUUAUGAAAUACCAGCAUGUAGACCCAGAAGAAGCUGUAAGGAUUCACAUUGAUGUCCAAACAAAGAAAUCUAUGGCAAUUCACUGGGGAACUUUUGCCUUAGCAAAUGAGCAUUACUUAGAGCCUCCAGUGAAGCUGAAUGAAGCUCUAGAGAGAUAUGGACUUAACGCUGAAGAUUUUUUUGUCUUGAAGCAUGGAGAAUCAAGAUACCUAAAUACCGAUGAUGAAAACUUUUAAUAAAUGUGAGCACAGGCACUUGUAAUGAAAAAGGCGUCAUCUGAUGUAAGUUUAAAAACAAAUGAAAAGACU